AGCUCAGCCUCCUCGUCUUCAUCGUCAUCCUCCUCUUAUGGUUGUCCCUCUCUGGAAUUGAUCUCGCCUCUUGCCCCCUCAGACGCCAGCUCUUCCAAUUGCAGUUCAGCCAGCCUCUGUGGCCGGAUGGAACCAUCAGUCGACAGGCUCAGCAACUUCGUUUCACCGGCCCUCUCGACCGGCCCAACAGUCAUUCCCACCCUCCACUCCACUUUCGUCCCAACAAUCCCCACGCCAGUCGACAAGACUACCGCAGGCGGAAGCAACACCCCCUACAGCAUAGUCAGCUCCACUCUCAACAACACCCACAACAACACUUUCUCCUCGCUUGACGCUUUGGCUUCUGCGAGUGCCGGCGGAGCCUGUACGUACUGCUCCGAUUAUGAGAGUCUGCUCGACUUGGACUUCAUUCUUGAGAACAGUAUCGCCAACUCGGGCGGCCCCAACUCGAUUGGCGGUAGUGUUGGUCGAGGGGUUGGUGGCGAGUUGGUUCGAGUCAAAUUGCCCUACACCGGAAGCCUUCGGUCUUCUGGCCUUCUCGGGCAUAGUCUACUUUUGGCGUCUGGUUGCCACUGGCGCGACUCGAGCCUGACUCCGUGCGAGUUGAACGGUGAGAUGAGGUGUUCGUUGGAAUGCCGAGAAGAAGAGGAAGAAGGGGAGGAGGAAGAGGAGGAGGAGGAGGACAGAGAAGAGGAGGAGAAAAGGGAAGAAAGUGAGGAGAGUGAGGAGAGUGAGGAGAGCAAAGAGAGAGCGAGGCGAGGAAAGGGAAAAGAGGAGGAGCAGGAGGAGGAGUCGGCGGGUGCGUUGAUGCGAGAACUGACGAACACUACGCUGGAAGAGUUGGAUUCUACCCGAAAUCUACACACACCACCAAUGUGCAGUCAGCUGACGGACGUGGAGACUUCCGGCGCAGUGGGACGUCUCUACACCUUCUCGACGACCACCUCGGAUGACGAGAACCCCGACGAUCUGGAACUGGGCGUCGAUCAGCGACCCAAAGUCCUCUUGUUUGGCCGACUCGAGACAAGUGAUCCUAUCAACAACCAUAUUUCCACUCAUUCACUUCAUACAGCCUUGACAACAGCAACAGCGACAACAACAGCCACAGUAACAGCGACGGCAAUAGCGACAGCGACAGCCUCAGCAACCGGACUCGGUCGCGCCUCUCACAGCGCCUCGAGACCGCUCGCCUUGGCCUACACAACCAACACACCCGUCUACUUUCCCAACAGUCUGUCGUUGGAUUCGUCGCCUGCCUAUGAGGCCUGGCCGGCUGCUCCGGUCGUCUGCCCGAAUCCCGCGGACCUCAGAGACACCGGCGACCCCGGAUCUGAGGCUCUGAGCAGAGGCUACGUCGUCGGGCCAAUGGCCUACACGUCAGACAGCCUUCGCUUUGGUCCAAUCGUCGUCGGCUCGGAUCGUUCAAGUCUUGCAAUCUCUGACACGCCACAUGUCGACCAUUCGGCGCACAAAGACCUCCUCACGCUGGCCAGGCGUCCAAGCCCGACUGUCUCGACGACGCCAACACCAGUCGCGGUAUCUCCUCUCGACUCGGCCCACGACUACAACUUGUCCGUCCACAUGACCAACGCAUACGCGUCCAACUCUAACGCCACCGCCGCCGCCUCCUCUUCCACCUCUUCCUUCCUCCUCCCGCCAGGCAUCUCCUCACAGACCCACAGUCACACAAACAUCAACUCCAGCGUCAAUGUUAACACCAACGUGAAUGUGAACACCGAAACGGCCAGAUACGACGACGGCUAUAGCUCAGUCUACCCAACUCGUCAGUCCGAGGCUUAUGACUCCUCAAGGUCGGACUGUUUUGUUGCCAGACCACCGAUCCUCUUCAACUACAUGACGCCGUCUGGUCUCGGUCGCCACGGUUAUGCUUCCGAAGAGGGCUACGGUGACGAGGAUCCGGACGCCUAUUCCUCCCAACACUAUGUUCCUGCCCACUUUGACGACCUCGUCCCCUGUGCCAGCGACCCAGCAACCACCAGCUACACUCUCCUUCCUCCUGCCAGACAGACGACGAUGACACACAUGCCCUCUGUCCUCUCUGCCCUCCAUUCGGACACCAAUGCUCAUCCCCUCCACACCUCGUCCUACCUGGCCGCCGUGUCCGUCAAUGGGACUCUGAGCUCAUCAUCAUCUACUUCCUCUUCUUCUUCUUCAUCUUCUUUUUCCUCAUCCUCCUCUUCUUCUUCAUCCUCUUGCUCCUCCUCCUCCUCCUCCUCCUCCUCAUCUUCAUCCUCUUCCUCCUCCUCCGUCUCUACCCCCUGCUCUUCGUCAUCCGCCUCCUCCUCUUCCUCUUCCUCCACCUCUUCUCUGGCUUCUUCUACACCCUCCUUCUUUUCCGGCUCGUCAGUCACUGUCUAUCCUGCCUUGUCGUCCACCAAGCCAACCUUAUCGCCGGCCCCGAUUUCCCCGCUCUCCUCCACCCCCAACACUUGGCAACUAGUCGGCCCAACAGCCGUCUAUCCAGUUGCCCAGCCGACAGAUUCUGAGGUCGUCACGGCCUACAGUUCAGGACACAUGCUGGAGGAGCAUCAAGUGUCGACCGAUCAGACAGCAAUGCUUGCGCCUCCGUUUCCACGCCCACCGCCGCCACCGCCGCCGCCGCUGCCACCUUCAGGGCGUCGUCGCGGUCGACAACCGGGCUCUCGAAUGAGCCGCGGUGGCGGUCGGCAUGGCAACAGUCUUGUCGGGUCUAGCAACGGGUUGAGGGGCUCUGCUCGAGGUGGUCACAUGUCGGCCGGGGACCACCAGAUGGGCUCGAGUCCGGCCUACCUGUUACCGCCCGGUCUGAAUCGAGGCGGUUGCGUCGCUGGCGCCGGAGUUGGUGACACGAGCAGUCGUGGAAAGAAGUCGCUGUUGUUGGUGCACGUUUGUCCAUUUGGCAGUUGCGCCAAGGCCUACUCGAAAUCUUCGCAUCUGAAGGCACACAUGCGAGUUCACACCGGCGAAAAGCCGUUCCCUUGCGACUGGGCCGGUUGUGCAUGGCGAUUCGCUCGAUCUGAUGAACUCACUCGUCACUAUCGAAAACACACCGGCGACCGACCUUUCGCUUGUCGCGUCUGCCAACGUGCUUUCGCCCGCAGUGACCAUCUUACACUGCACAUGAAGAAGCAUCGCAACACACCCACAGCACCGACGACUACCACACCGAGCGACCUGAUCACCAAGCCGGCCCCCUCGACUGACCCCGACAACCGUUCUCACAUCGCCAUGGCCAACAUCGUGUGUGAAGAUAUUCGACCGAUUCCAGAUCCCUUUCUUUUCACCAUUCCCUCCCCCCUCUUCUCUCCCUUCGAGGGACGGAAUGGCGCCGCCCGACAACUCAGCAGCCCCAGACACGAAAAUCGGACUGAGAUCCUGUGUCAGUGCGGACCUCGCCUGUGA